AUGGGAAAUCAGUCCCGUACGGGUGAUUCGGGGUUGUCAGAAGGUAAUGGAGGAGGUCGGGAAAUCGGUAUUUCGUGCAGUGGUUAUAUUGUGAAGAUCAUUGAUUUGGUACGGGACGAACGAGUUUUUCAGAAUUCGUCCAUUAUUAUUAUUACUGUUAGUAUUAAUAUUAUUGUUAAUAAUAAUAAUAUUAUUAUUAUUAUCAUUAUUAUUAUUAUUAUUAUCAUCAUUAUUAUUAUUACUAUUUGA